AUGUGCGGCCGGUAUGUCCUGGCCUUGCGGCCGUCCGAAGUGCGCCAGCAGCUGCAACAAUCACGCAUGCCCGUCGACGAAACUCUAGACGACGAAGCCGUUCGCCAAAGUUACAACUUCGCCCCUGGCUACCACGGGCUCAUAUACCGAGCAGAGGGUUCAGAACACGGCGACCCGACUAGCGCCACCAAGUACAUGCUUCAGUCCAUGCAAUGGGGCUUGGUGCCCUUCUGGACGAAGCGCAACCCCGACUACGGCUCGAAGAUGAAGACAAUUAACUGUCGCGACGACUCACUCAUAGAGGACCGUGGAAUGUGGACGACCAUGAAGAAGAAGAAGCGGUGCAUCAUCGUCGCACAGGGCUUCUAUGAGUGGCUGAAGAAGAACAACGGCAAAGAGAAGAUACCGCACUUCACCAAGCGCAAAGACGGGCAGCUGAUGUGUUUCGCUGGACUGUGGGAUUGCGUUCAGUUUGAAGACUCCGACAAGAAGUUGUUCACGUAUACAAUCAUCACAACCGAUUCGAACAAACAACUCAAGUUCUUGCACGACCGCAUGCCUGUCGUUCUGGACAACGGCUCAGAUGCAAUAAGGACUUGGUUAGAUCCAAACCGUACCGAGUGGAGCACUGAUCUUCAGUCACUUCUCAAACCAUACGAGGGUGAGUUGGAGUGCUAUCCAGUUAGCAAAGAUGUGGGCAAAGUCGGCAAUAAUUCGCCCUCGUUCUUAGUGCCCAUCAACAGCGCAGCAAACAAGAACAACAUCGCCAAUUUCUUUGGAGACCAGAAGAAAGCCGUCAAGUCCAAAACAGACGAGGAGAUCAAGAUUGAACAUGACGUCGAUGAGACUCGUGAAACUACAGACCGCAUUGAAGGAACCGAAGACAAUGCGCCUCUGCCUGUUCCAGAGUCUGACAAAAUACAAGACAGCGAGAAAUCGAGGAGUAUCAAACGGGAGCACAGCGACGACGAUAACAACGGUGUCACAGCAGACGACCCUUCACAGGAGAAACGUAGCAAGCCCACUCCAACAACGAAACCGUCGCCGGUUAAGACUCCUGCGAAGAAGCAAGGCGUACGCAGCGCCACAAGUAACAACAGCGCCGCGAAGACUCCCAAGAGCGAUGGAAGCCGCAAGAUCACAUCCUUUUUUGGCAGCAAGUGA